GUCUUCCUCCAUGGCCGAUUCUUCUUCCUCUUCAUCCGCCUCCUACAUUCUCAUGGUGCAACACUUGAUCGAGAAGUGCCUGCUCUACCACCUGAACAAGGACGAGUGCGUCGACGCCCUAUCCCACCACGCCCACGUCAACCCCGUCAUUACUUCCACAGUGUGGAGUGAGCUGGAGAAGGAGAACAAGGAGUUCUUCGAGGCGUACGGGAAGAACCGAGAGAAGAGCGUGAGGGAGAUGAGAAGGAAGCAGAUGAUCCGAACCAUGCUGACGUCGGCAAUGCCUCCCUGUGACGUCAAAGAACCCGACCAUAAUUAAUAUUUGGAUAUAUAUAUAUAUAUUUUAUGAUUUCCUUUUAAUUUUUCAUGUUGCUAAUGCUUGUGAUCUUUGUAAAGGGGCAAAAGUUUAGCAGUAACAAUUGAAGCAGUAUUGUGGUGUUUGCCAAAAGGGCCGCGAGCAGGGCCUCUGAACCGCACGGUUCGGUUCGAAUCGAGUAUCGCGUAUUGAUUCCAAUGGACCUGAGUAGCAUGAGCUCUCCUAUGAACAUAUUCAAUAGAUAAAACAUCCUAAUGUACAAGAACAUGCUUAUAUAUCCAAGUCAUCGUCUGGAUCCUCAUCUGAAUCAGGCUGUUCGUCGUCCGAAUCCCGCACGUAAUGUAUUUCGCCUAUCCCAGGGGCAACCUGAGUGUCUGAUAUCACAGGCGAAGCAACAGAUGGCUGGCUGAUGCUGAUGCUGUCGGAGAGAGAUCUCCGGCCAUCAUAAAUCUGUAUUUCCUCACCAUUGCCUACCACAAACUUGUGUUGAGUGCAUCGGCUUAUAAUAAUUUUAUCACAAUA